AUGGCUACUUCGGUUGCUGUGGAGUUUCUGCUCAGAAGGUAUCCUUCCUUAGCGAACGCCUCGGUCUCGAGCGCUAGGGCUGCACUCUCGAGGCUCGCGAGCACCUGCUCAGAGCUCGGAAUCGACCUGGAAGCGACUGCGGCGAAGCUCGAACUGUACCUUUUGAACACGAGGAAGGAGCUUUCUGAGGACACAGUUGAAGAGUUCACUUCGAAACUCGCUGCCUCUGCCAAAAAGAGCAAGUGCUCUCGGGCAAGAGUUUCCGAGUCUACUGAACUUAUCGCGGAGGCGGUUCGCCGGAGAGCACCGCUGCCAGUCGAUAAGCCGGAGGAGCACUCGCUCCCAGAGGUGCAGCGUCAAACUGCCCCAGUUUCACCUGAAAAUCCGUAUCUUUCGAGCGACACACUGACGGAGAGUUCCCAUCCAAAACAUGGAUUCAUGCCCGAAAGCACGCAGUCCCAGGAGGAGUUUCUAGAUCUGUUUCCACAUCGGGACCCUUUUGUUGAUCUUUCUUCGCAUGGCGUUGAUGGGGUUGUCGUAAAUUCCUCUCGCGCAAACCUGCGACCAUCCUUCCGUAUCACUCGUCCGCCGCCGGGGCUUGAUCUUGAGGUGUGGCCUGAAAAGCUGAUGUUCGAUUGUCUAGAGAAAAGAAAGGAAUCACAACGAAAGCGAAUUCAUGACGCCUUUGACGCCCUCCAAAGUUCCGGACGCAUUGAGAGUCUUAUGGAAACAUCGGGAGAACCUGUUGAUGGGCGUUUCAUUGUCGGACAAGUGUUGUUUUCGAUUCAAGGGCAUGAACGUAACCGAGAGGUGUUUCUUGAAGACGACGAAGGUGUGAUGGUGCAGCUUGAACUGUCAAAGCUGCAUACAUACUUGCUAUAUCCAGGCAAAGUCGCCGGUUUCGUUGGCCUCGAUCUACCCGGGCAUAUCUUUGAGGUCCAUCAAAUUGUAGAUGAUAUGUUUGUAACGGAAGAGGUGCCUCGACAGAGAAAGCGGGUAGUAUCUAUGAAACCAAGCAGCUUACGACCGAAAUGGAGGAUUCUCCUCAUGGUAGGCCCCUAUAUUCAACCUGAAGACCCGGACUGGGACAUAUUCGAUUUCUUGAAGAAAAAGGUUGCGGAACUGGAACCUGAUGCAGUAUGCAUAAUGGGCCCACUUGUUGAGGAGAAUCCAGAUGCGGGCGACGCAACACUGAAUCUUGUGGACAAAUUCGUGCAAGGAGAAAGGGUGCUCCAAGCGCUGCAAAAUAUUGCACGAGAAAUGCGGUCAACUACCUUCCUGAUCUCUCCAGCGAUUGAUGACUUGAUGCAUCAUUUACCGGUCUUUCCUCAAAAACCAUACGAAUUUUCUGCGGAUCCGAUAGUCAAAAUUGGUAACCCGACUUCGUUCCGCAUCGAACUCGACCGACGAGACUCUAUGAGAGUCGCUAUCAUGAACUUGCCUAUUCUGGAUGAAAUGCGCCUUUCGUGCCUCUGUGGAGGGAGCAAGAUUCCACGUAUGGAAGAAUGCAGCGCAGAAAUCAUACGGCAGGACACCUUAUUCCCAUAUGAUCCCUCUGGCUCGAAGAUUCCUAUAGAUUAUAGUCUUGUUCAAGAACUGAAACCAAUGCGUCCUGAUCUUUUAGUUAUUGGUGGAUCUGAAAGCAAUUUCGCUUGCGAGGCGCAUGGAUGUUGCAUCGUAUGCCCUGGAAAAUUUUGCAAUCGUACCAGUCCGACCGAGUUUGCAAUCGUCGAUCUUGUCUCCGGCGACGCUGAGGAAGCUUGGCACGUACUAUUUGGAAACGGAGGCGCCAUGCCUGGACGCGACAACAGAUGA